AUGAGAGAGGUGUAUGCGGUGAUCAAGGAUGGAGAGAGAAAGUAUGCGACUGGGCCUUUUGAGCCUCUUGCUCUUGAUCUAGUGCUGGGUCUGAGUGAUAUAGCAAGCAAUGUUUACAAGGACGAGCUUCUUUGUGUUGAAUUUGAUGGGAAUAGGAUUGAGGUACUGGCGAAGCCAAAGAAUGUGGUGAUUGUUUGUGUAGGCAGGAAUGAUUGUGAACAUAUGGAGCUUGUAUACAGACUUUACAGAGUGUGCAAGGCGUAUGAAGACUUUGGAUUGAUGGAGAUUCUUAUGGGACGGUAUUUGAACUGA